AUGGCGGCAUCAGCGGAGGAGCCCGGCGCGCCGCGCUACAUCCUGAUUCCGCUGCACGGCACGGGCGAGGCGGUGGCGGUGGACGUGGAUCGCCUGCCGUCCGAUCACGGCGAUCUGCUCGACAUUCUCAAGGGCGAGCAGGCGCCGCUCGACUGCUGGCUGCACCUCGCGCGGGCGUACUUCAAGCAAGGCAACACAGCUGCCUUCCUCGACAUCCUAUCGGAAGGCACCUCGCCAGAUGCGGAGCGAGUGUAUGAGACAUCUCGCCAUGAGCGCAUCGCGAUGCUAAACGCGCUAGGGGCGCACUACACGGGGCUGGGGCGCGUGGCACGGCGGCAGAAGCGGGACGAGGUGCUGAUCAAGGUGGUUGACUUCUACAACAAGGCUGCGAGGAUCAGCAGUGAAGCUGUUGCCACGUGGGUGGGGAAAGGUCAACUGCAGCUGGUGAAGGGCGAGGUGAAUCAGGCAGAGGAGAUGUUCUCCCUUGCCCUCGCUGGCGCUCCUGACUACGUGCCCGCUCUGCUGGGGAAGGCGUGUGUGCUAUUCCACAAGGCCAAGUUCCAAGACGCCCUCAACCUCUAUAAGAAGGUGCUGCAGCUGCACCCGAAUUGCCCUCCGUCCGUCCGGCUGGGCAUUGGCCUGUGCCACCUGCGUCUCUUUGCCUCCUCAGCAGCCCGCCAGCCAGCAGCAGCACGCAGGGAGUUCCACGCGGGCAAGGCCAGGCAGGCGCUGGAGCGGGUGCUGCAGCUGGAACCAGGGAAUGCGGAUGCACUGGUGGCGCUGGGGCUGCUGGAUUUGAACUCGGAUGAUGUCACAGCAGUGCAGCGGGGCCAGCAGCGCAUGCUAGCAGCGUUCCACGCGUUCCCCUUCCACCCCAUGGCGCUCAACCAUCUUGCCAACCAUGCUUUCCUCGCUGGACCCUCUCUGCACGGCCUCGUCGACCCUCUGGCUGCGCUCGCCCUCGCCAGCACCGAGGCUUCUCUGCCGCGUGCUGAAGCCUACUACUGCCUCGCGCGCACCUACCAUGCACAGGGCGACAGGAAGAAGGCGUUUGCAUAUUACAAGGCGGCCACGGAGACGGUACAGCCAGGGGAGUUCGCUCUGCCCUACUAUGGGUUGGGGCAGAUUCAGCUGAGUCUGGGUGAUGCCAAGGCAGCACUGGGCACACUGGAGAAGGUGUUGGCCGUGCACCCCACCAACAGCGAUGCUCUCAAGCUGGUGGGCGCCAUUCACCUGCAGCAGGGCCGGCAGGACCAAGCCCUGGCGUGCUUCCGCAAGAUCACCCAACACUGCCCCUCCGACAUGGACGCGUGGUUGGAGGUGGGAGAGCUGCUCGUCUCCUCCGACCUUCCUGCUGCACUCGACUCUCUCAAGAAGGCAUACGAGCGCAUGGUGAAGGCGGUGGGCAGGGAGGGCGUGCCGUGGCAGCUCGUGAACAACAUUGCUGCACUGCAGCAUGAGAGGGGCGCGCAUGAGGAAGCAGUGGCAGCAUACAAGGAGGCAUUGGGGCCACACGGGCCAUGGGCGCCUAUCCUGCACCCUGAGGGGGCUGCAGACGCAGCGGGUGGUGGGGAUGCAGGGAGGGAGGCACUGCCAGUGGAGAAGGUGACGGUGGUGUUCAACCUCGCUCUCUCCCUCGAGCGCACCUGCUGCCUCACCCAGGCCGCUGCCCUGCACCGCCUCAUCCUCUCUCAGUACCCGUCGUACCUGGACUGUCACCUGCGCCUGGCAGUGAUGGCACUGGACCGCCGAGACAACGCCACUGCCAUGACGCAUAUAUCAGCGGUGGUGCAGCGUGCACCAGACAGUGUGGACGCACUGCUUCUGCGCAGCCGCGCGGAGGCGGACAGGGACGACCAUGCGGCGGCCAAGGACACACUCAAGCGCAUCGUGGACCUCUCGCCUGAGAAGUGCACUGCUGCGCUGGUUGCUCUGGGCAACUGGAACUUGAACAUGAGUGCGAGACCCACGCGCGACACCAAGGCAGAGGCAUCCUUUCUUGAGAAAGCCAGGGAGAUGUUUCACAAGGUGGGUGCGGGGGUGGGUUGGUGGGGAGAUGAGAUGCUUUUGCGGGAGAUGUGCACCAAGGCAGAGGCAUCAUUUUUUGAGAAGGCCAGGGAGAUGUUUCACAAGGUGGGUGCGGGUGGUGUGGAAAGGGGGGGGUGUGGGUGGGGGGGUGGUUUCCUGGGUUGA